AUGGCGUGGGCACGCGAGCCCGUAUUUAUGGGGAAAAUCUCGGAAAAUUCUUGCCAUCUCGUGAUAAUCGGGGGCCAGGAGGCAGGAAUAGAGCAACGAGUUGAGAGUUUUCACAUUGCGGUUCACACCCAUGGCCAGAAUCCGGUCAAACAGGUCUACGGCGUCUCUGAUCAGGCCGCCCCGGCCAUAGAGGACGAUGAAGUGCGAGAUCAGGUGUUCGGAUUUGCGGGUGCUGAGGCGGUCCAUGGAGUCCCGGAGCAGGGUCCGGAUGGGGUCGUGGUCGUUAGAGUCCCUGAGUUUGGAAAUGGCUUUGGUGUAAACUCGGCGGUGGAAUUGCAACUCGGGGGUGAGGUAGGUGGAGCGGAAGAUGUCGGGGAUGCGGGCCGGGUCGGGCUUGGACAGGACGAUGCAGAGGGCGGUGUGGGCUUGGUCCUCGUCGGCGAGUUGGGUUCGGGGGGCGGGGAGGUGGAGAAGAAACGGCGUCGUUGGAGGAGGAGCUCAGUGCCAUUUUAA